AGCGAGGAGCGACUGGUCUCCUGCUUCUAGAAGACCGGGGAGCUGGGGAGCUGAGCCGAGGCUUCUGGACUCCGAGUGAAAGUCGUCCCUGCGGACACCGAGGGUCUGCCCUGCACGUGCUUGGAUUCCUACAAAGCCCCUUCGCCGGACCCCCGCCGCCUUCCAGGCCCCUGAGCCCUGCCCCUCCCCCCCCCCCGCAGGCGCCGAGCCAUGGCCUCGAUGGGGCUGCAGGUGAUGGGCAUCGCGCUGGCCGUGCUAGGCUGGCUGGGCGCAAUCCUGAGCUGCGCGCUGCCCAUGUGGCGGGUGACGGCCUUCAUCGGCAGCAACAUCGUCACGUCGCAGACCAUCUGGGAGGGCCUGUGGAUGAACUGCGUGGUGCAGAGCACCGGCCAGAUGCAAUGCAAGGUGUACGACUCGCUGCUGGCGCUGCCCCAGGACCUGCAGGCGGCCCGCGCCCUCAUGGUGGUGUCCAUCCUGCUGGCCGUGCUGGGCGUGCUGCUGUCCGUGGUGGGGGGCAAGUGCACCAACUGCGUGGAGGACGAGAGCGCCAAGGCCAAGACCAUGAUCGUGGCGGGCGUGGUGUUCCUGCUGGCCGGCCUGCUGGUCUUGGUGCCGGCGUCCUGGACGGCCAACACCAUCAUCCGGGACUUCUACAACCCGCUGGUGGCCUCGGGCCAGAAGCGGGAGAUGGGCGCCUCUCUCUACAUCGGCUGGGCCGCCUCGGGGCUGCUGCUGCUGGGGGGGGCCCUCCUUUGCUGCAACUGCCCCCCGCGCACCGACAAGCCCUACUCGGCCAAGUACUCCGCUGCCCGCUCCGCCCCAGCCAGCAACUACGUGUAAGGUGCCCGCUACUCAGCUCUGUCCCGCCAGCUUUGUCCCUCCGGGACUGAAGGUGCAGCCUGUGAGCCCAGGACGGGGCUGCAGACUGCCUGGGGUUGGGCAGGCGGGGGACUGAGCCCGGCCCCCGGCCGGCAGCAACUCAACCCGUUCUGGCCCCCUUGGACACCAAACCCGAGGCCGUCCCCCCAUGCCAGCAAGGAUGGACAGAAAGACUCUGUGCCUCCCUCCGGCUGAAGGGCCUGUGGACGCGGGAGAGGCGGCAAGAAGUCCCAGGGUGUGGCAGGCUGGGGGGAGCUGGCUCCUGCUGGUCAGGACAGCUCAGCCCUGAAUUCGCUUGGGCUCUGCCUCCGAGGGGGUGCCCUGCCCAUUCCUGUGUUGUCCAGGAGAACGGCUCGGGCCUUGCUCAGCCACCUGACUGUGGAGCCAGAGGUGACACAGAGUUGACAGACGGGUUUGGAGGGGAGGGUUGAAGGUGCUGCAAACUGGUUUGGGUAGUGUUGGGGAGGAGGCCAUGGAGGCUGCCCAGGCAGCCCGCACCCCUUGCUGUCCCCACCCGACGCCUCAGCAGCCCCCGCAGCAGGACCCCAGGACUCUCCUGACUUGCGACAUCUGCCACCGCUGCCAAGAUCCUUGGACAUCCUGGGGCCAGCCGGGAAGGGGGGAUGGUCUCUCUCUGGCCUGCCCUCCUGGGAAGUCCUGGGCCUUU